AUGAUGGCUUCAAAAUGCCUACAGAUACUUUAUCAGUUGCAGGAAUCCUUCUCAAACCCAACUCCUCGCCCUGGCCUUCAUCCCAUCCCUGAUAGCAAACCUCUCACCUUCACCGCGGCUCUUUUACCCCCACUGCUUUACUACUUUGCUCUACUUCUACUUGCUCCUCCACCUCCUCCUGCGAUCAAUCGAACCUCUGUCAAGAUCCUCCGAAAUUGUCUCGCCCUGACCGCCGGCGUCCUCUUCUUUCGUCUUCCUCUUGUCUACCAUGUUCCUCAAAGCAUUGGUUUGACCUAUCAACUUGGUCUCGUGGGCUUGUACGGCGGAUGCAGGGUACUCGACGCUUUCUUCAUCAGUCCCUACUUGUUCGAGCACAUACCGCGCAGAGUCAAGUACCAUCAUCGGCUAAGGGUGGAAUCACAAGAGCAGGGAGCAAAACAUAUUGACAAGGAAUGGACAAAUGGAGGAGUUGCCGAUCCCUUCCAUCACUCUGGUGCUUCGCAAGAGGACAUGGUCAAGAUCAUGCGCAAUAGGAGUACGUUCAGCGUAAAAGAAAGCAACGUGCAACCCACCAACAACUCCAUACCUGGUUCCGCCAUGCGUGUUCUACGCAAUUCCAUCUCCGGCCCAGACCCGAUACCAGUGUAUGAGACGGCCGUGACAGAGAUUGGUUGGCCAACAACACUCUUCGAUCGUGCUGCGUGGGCUCUCGAGCUCGAACUCUCCAUGCGCGGCAUUGGCUUUACUUGGACCACGGCCGACGUCAGACACACCCGCAAAACAUGGCUUCCUACUGUUCAGAAUCGUAUCCACAGCAUCUUGGUUCACGUUUGCCCGGUCCUUCUCGUUAGCUGGGCUGUCAUCAGAACCAUCUACCUGCGCUACCUUUUGUCGACCCAGGAUGCGCCGUGGAAUGCAUAUUCUGCCUAUGAUCUCUUCGACCAUCGUAUUCCCAUGCUGUUUCAGCUACUUCUGACAGCUGCACUUGGUGCUUUCCUGAUGGCAGCAUUCUCUUUCGGCCACUCCCUCUUUGCUAUCAUGCUCCAUCCACUUCGACCCAGUCCCCUUGCCUUCUUCCCACCUCUGUAUACGACGAGGCCUUGGGACAUCACGAGCGUCCGCAAGUUCUGGAGUUUUGGUUGGCAUCGACUGUUUGCAAGGUUAUUUCUGGUCUACGGCGUGUGGCCCGGGGAAUGGAUGGAACGCAAGCUGCUACGCAAGGGUCCAGAUCAGCCGGCAGACGUUGGAAAGGUCAUAGGUGCUUUCUUGAGUAGCGCCUUCGUCCAUAGCUUUUCAGUCCGGGGAGUCCUUGCUGGCGACUGGAGGAUGGCCACUGGUGAAGCGAAAUUCUUUGCUCUAAAUGGGCUUGCAGUUGUGCUGGAGGGUGCAAUCAUCAGAGCUGUCAGCAAGAGAAGAAAAGAGAAAGGUCUGCCUAUACACAUGUGGUAUGAUUCCGUCGUGGGAAGGGUCUGGUGGAUAAGCGUGAUACUGUGGACAGGAAGGAAUUUCGCUAGGGGAUGGGUCAAGUCAAGCCUGGUGCGGGAAAUGGCUUUCCUCUGA